AUGUGCACAAAGAAUUGUGCAAACACUGCAGCAGAAAGAAUGGCUAUGCCUAAUGACACCCAGUUCCAUCCUUCUUCGUUCCUCCUCCUGGGUAUCCCAGGGCUAGAAGAUGUGCACGUCUGGAUUGGAUUUCCCUUUUUCUUUGUGUAUCUUGUUGCACUCUUGGGGAACGCUGCUGUCCUGUUUGUGAUCCAGACUGAGCAUAGUCUCCAUGAGCCCAUGUACUACUUCCUGGCCAUGUUGGACUCCAUCGACCUGGGCUUGUCCACAGCCACCGUCCCCAAAAUGCUGGGCAUCUUCUGGUUCAGCCUCAGGGAUAUAUCUUUUGAAAGCUGCCUUUCCCAGAUGUUCUUCAUCCACUUCUUCACUGCCAUGGAGAGCAUUGUGUUGGUGGCCAUGGCCUUUGACCGCUAUAUUGCCAUUUGUAAACCCCUUCGGUACACCAUGAUCCUCACCAGCAAAAUCAUCAGCCUCAUUGCAGGCAUGGCUAUUCUGAGGAGCCUGUGCAUGGUGGCCCCUCUGGUAUUUCUCCUCCUGAGGCUGCCCUUCUGUGGGCACUAUAUCAUCCCUCAUACCUACUGUGAACACAUGGGCAUUGCUCGCCUGGCCUGUGCCAGCAUCAAAGUGAAUAUUAUGUUCGGUCUUGGCAACAUUUCUCUCCUAUUAUUGGAUGUGCUCCUUAUAAUUCUCUCCUAUGUCAGGAUCCUCUAUGCUGUCUUCUGCUUACCCUCCAGGGAGGCCCGACUCAAAGCUCUCAACACCUGUGGCUCCCACACUGGAGUUAUCUUAGCUUUUUUCACACCAGCAUUUUUCUCUUUCUUGACACACCGAUUUGGCCACAAUAUCCCUCAAUAUAUCCACAUUUUCUUGGCCAACCUAUAUGUGGUUGUUCCGCCAGCUCUCAAUCCUGUAAUCUAUGGGGUCAGGACCAAACAGAUUAGGGAGCGAGUCCUGAGGGUUUUCCUCAAGACAGAUAGCUAA